UAAACAACGAUUGAUUUCGGAUCUAUGUCUUGAGAAGCGUAUCGAUCGGCUUUGAAGCCCUGCAUCUCCCCCACAAAGAGCAUCUGCUUGAGCCUCGGAUGCAGACAAUGAACGUCCGCGUCUGACGUGACUGAGAGCCAGAGGUCAGAAUGGAGUUACUCUGAUGCCAUUUCAGCACACAUUUCAGAAAUGUUCACCUGUUAGAACGCCAGUAGCAUCCCCGUACACGUUAGCAUACAGUGUACCUGUAACCACGUUUAUGCGAGGAAUGCAUUUAAGUGCCAAUCGCAAUAGGUAAACAUUUAUGUAAGGGCCCCUUUUACUCUUCCCACACACUUAAAUGUAAUGUAUUAAAACACUCUUUACCAAGCGCCUGUUCUCACACGCUCACAAUUGUCACUCAGUUGGCUUACUGUAAAAACCGACACCCAAAAUAAAAGAGAAUCAGACAUUUAUACACUAAAAUCUUCAACCAAAACAUAACAGUAUGUCCAAGGAAAGCUUAAUGCAUAACAUGAAACUCUACACACGGGCUAACAGAAACUAACAUUGAUGUUAUGCCAAUAAUAUACGACCUAACAACUAAAAGUUUAAAAACACGGAGCAGGAACACAUUCUAAGAGUAGGCAAUAAAAGAGAAUUUGUCAUCAUAUAUAUAAACACCAAAUUGUUCGAUAAAGCCAUAUAAUUUGCUCAAAAAAGUCUUCUUGCUUUAUGCGAACAAUGCAAAAUGCCAUAGAUGGGCUAAUGGAAAUUAACACCAACGUUAGGGUAAUUACAAAUCUUCAAGCAAAAGCUAUUUUAACACACAUGUACAGGUAGCAGCAACACAAAAACAGAGCAUACACCAAUAAUAAUUGGCAUAUAUCAGCUCUGUAGAAACAACUAUUACUGGUAUCUUAUAUUUUAGCUUCUCUGCCUCUUCAUUAUUUUAUUGACACUGCAUUUCCUUCACUACAUCUCAGUUUUUCUUAGUCUCUUACAGCACGUGGUACUAAACUGAAAGUGCCUAACUCUCAACUUAGACUAGUCUGUACACUGUAAAAACACAUAAAACAAAACAAAAAAACUUUAAAUAAAAAUCUGCGAUAUCGUGAGGGAACACUGUAAUAUGGAUUUUCCAGGUCACUUCCAGCACAUUUUCCAGCAGCUGAACCUCCAGCGGCUCCAUGGUCAAAUGUGUGACUGUAUAGUGGAGGUGGGAGGCCACAAAUUUCACGCACACCGCGCCAUCCUGGCAGCAUGCAGCUCCCACUUCAAGGCUCUCAACAGCUCCAGUAACGGUACUGACGAUGCUUAUGGACAAAGUGUUGAUAAAGUUAGAGGUCCCGGUUUGAUGGCACUCGACCCGGAGGUGGUGACCCCAGAGGCCUUCUCCACCCUGCUGGAUAUGAUCUACACAUCCACUUUGUCGCUCGAGGCCUCCAACGUGAUGGAUGUGCUGCUGGCCGCCUCGUACCUCCACCUCAAUUCCGUGGUCAAGGCCUGUAAGCUCUACCUGGCCAGAAAAAAUUUCCCGGCCACGGCGCCUAAAGGCUGGCGCUCAGUGCAGCGGCGGGAGCAUCCGUCCUCUCAAACCCAGCUCACAUGUGUGGAGCUACUUGAUGUGGAGGGCGUAGAGGUGAGCCAGUCGGGGGAAGAUUCCUCAGAGCACAAGAGAAAGUCACAUGAGGACAGGCUGAAUGACAGAAAGAGGACCCGCAGGGUGUCUGGAGAUGAAGAAAGUUCUCCAACAGUCACCCGAAGCACAGCCAACAACGAGGAGCAAGGAGAGGAGCUGCUCUCUCCGGACUACUUAAAGAUGACAGUAAACAUCUGCGAGGACCAAUUGAAUGAGGUAGAGGAAAAAUAUGUCUUCUCUAUGGCUGACUCAGAGGAGAUCCAGGUGCCGAGUCAGUCAGACAGCAGCGCAGGUGGAGAGACUUUUGUCAAAGAUGAAGGCGGUCUCAAGGUGGAGACAGUGAAGAUUAAAAAAGAAAGCAUGACCUCCUCCUCUCCUGAUCUUUCGCCAUCAACGCCUCUACAGGACUCAUCUGAAGUCCAUGAUGACAAAAUAAGAAGCGCAGAUGGACUUGUUAGCUGUUUACAAUCCCAGCUUUGCUCAGCUCUUCCUGAAAAAGAGUGCGGUGAUCUCCACGAGGAUGAAGCUGUUGACAGCCUUUCUGAACUGGCCCUUUCCUGCUUCCUGAAUCCUGGUCAAGACAGCGAAAUAGGCGCUCUGGAGGAAGAAGCGAGUCUCGCGAGUCUGACGGCAGCUGCCACCGCAGCGGCUGCUGCCAGCGAUGCUGCUGCAGAUGGUGCGGACCAACAGUGUCAAAACUCAAAUGCGUCUUCUCUCGUUUUCCCGGUAACUUCACUCCCUUUGCAACAGCUUCUCCCUACUCAGGCUCCUCCUUUUCGCGACACGCUCAUCCUGCAGCCUGCGCACAACUCCCUAUCGGGAUUCCUCAGCCUGGAGCAUUCGAAGCCCUCCAAGGGACAAGCAGGAUCAAACGGAACGACCUUCCGUCGCAUCGCCCCCAAAGCGGUGCCAGUAUCCGAGACGGAUCACUCAGCAGCAUCUGGAUCAGCUGGGCCCGAUAAAGCGCCUUUAACAAGAGCUUCUGAGGACGUGUUGUCCAAGUGCAAGAAAGCAGCGGCUGAAGUCAACGUGCUUCUUGUGGAAGGAGACAAGAAGUAUGCUUGCAAAAUCUGCUCAAAGACAUUCACGAAUUUGGCGGACUGUAAGAAGCAUAUCCGCGUCCACACAGGAGAAAAGCCUUAUCCUUGUCUCAAGUGUGGGAAACGCUUCAGCCAGUCAUCACAUCUGUACAAGCACUCGAAAAACUCCACCUGCUUGAACUGGAAGGCCAAGAGUUCAUUACAAGACACUCUGCAUUGACUGCACAGCAGUUUGGCCCCGCCAAAUUCUUGAAGUUCUUUUGUGGUUAACGCUCUCACCUUUACUGCAUUGUAAUUCAUGCCUCUGAAUUCACUGACAAUGAAGCAUGAAGUAAGUGCAAUGGACGCGAGAAGGUUUAAAUGCAAACUAAAUGGAAUUAUUUAUUCUCAAGAAAAUGAACUAUUGUACACUACCAAUUGGAAUUGAAGUUCACAUUCAAUGUAGAGAGCGUUGCAUCAUGGGAAUUACUUCAUUUAGAAAAAGCCAGAUCGCUAAUCAAUGAUUCUUAGAGUAGGACAUGUUGAAAUGCUUCAAAGAGUAGCAAGUGCUGUUAGUGGCGUUGGAACAAAAAUGUAAUUUUGGAACUAGUGCAAUUCAAUGUCAAUUCACUCUGGUCUCCAAUUGAUGUUACAAAAUGACUUCACGGUGCCAU